AACUUAGUUUAUAACUAUACACGAAUUAAACAAAAGCCAGCAGUUAGACCAUUUGAAUUUGUUCAGAGUUUUUGCAACAUGACUGUAAAUAAGAAAUCUUGUCUUGAAAACAGACUUCGGUGUAUUUUGACUUCAUCAAUAUUUGCAAAUGUUGUCAUGGGGUUAUUUUUAGUGGCACUACUUAUUUAUAAAGACAAAAAUAAUAAAACAGAAAUUGACCACUCUGGAAAGUUAGACUCAUUUAACUUGCCGGCUGAUUCUGGUGUGUGUAUUCCGUGUGAUUAUCUUGGAAAGAACAUCACAGCAAAAGACACACUUUUUGACAGCAUAACGACAUUAAAGGAUGGAAAACAGAAACUUUGCUGCACCAACAAACCUUCAUUUUUACCGAAACUUAUUGGAAAGAUGAUAAUGACAGAACAAGAAAGAAUUUCAGAUACUGGAAACAUUGAUGUUGAUGACAUUUAUAACCAGCUUAAAUGGUGGAGAAAUCGACCAAACUCAAUUCACAUGAAUCUAGACUUGGACAAAUUGAAAGAAAAGAAAUUUGUAUGGAGAACAGACAAAGAUCCUCUUGGGAUUUCAUUCAAACAUGGAAUAGAAAUAAACUCUGCGACCAACAGUAUUGUAGUACCAGGUCCACAUCGAGCUUUAUAUUUUGUCUAUGUGGCAAUAACCUUUGACUUUGGUGACAUUGAAUCCGUCCCAAUAUUCUACCAUAAUGUCACUAAAAGUCAUCCACUAUUACCUAAUACCAUAGAUACUCUGCUGAUGACUAAAUAUGGAGGUUCAUCGGAAUCCAAACGGGUAUACACCAGCUUCCUAUGUGGAACUUUCCAGAUGCAAGAGAAUUUCAACCUGAAAACAGAAGUGUCGUCGUAUGAUUACGUGUCGACUUCAAAGUACGGAAGCUAUUUUGGAAUGUUCAAACUGUGAAGAAUGUUAGUUAUGAAAGUGAAGAAAGGUAUUUUGAGAAAGAGUAAUCGUCAUGAGAAGUUGAUAUGAUAAAAUGCGCUUUAUUAGUUUGAAUGCUGAGAAAUGAAGCAGACAAUUAGAUUUAACAGCCAACUUUUUUGACAUAAGACACGUAGCUAUUGAAACUGAAGAAUAUUCACCAUCUGUUUUGAUGAUCUCAAAAAUAUUGUUCAUAUACUUAUGUAUUACAGCAACAGUCAUGUAUACAUGUACUUAUCUAGUCAACUUGACUUUUAUAAUGUAAAUAAAUAAGAUUUACCAGUCUUUACUGAAUUGAUAGAAGUAUUUUUGUUUA